GCUUGGGCGGAAAUCGCCGGGGAAGCAAAGGGACCCGGCGGUCCAGGGGCAAAGAGCAGCGUGGGGGGGUUUUCGUCGGGCAUCUUCGGGCUUCGUCGGACCCCGGGGAUGCCGACAAGAUGGUGAAAGCCAAGGGAGCCGCCGCCAAACCGCGCCGAAGGCACAGACCCGCGGCCGGCGGCCCCACCGCCGCCGCGGCCCAAGCCUUCCUCCCCGCGGGGAAAGGCAAGGGCCGCCAGGGAGGGGAGACCCCACCUGCCCCGGAGAGGAAAGGAGAGGAGCCCCCCCUGCCCCCUCCACCCUUCGAGGGGGGCUCCUUAGAUCUUGGGGGGCAGCGGGACCGCUGGGUAAAGUUUCAGAAGCGUCAAAGCCUGACUUGCGAGGGAGCGGCCAAGCUGCUCCUGGACACCUUUGAAUACCAAGGUCUGGUGAAACACACAGGAGGUUGCCACUGUGGAGCAGUUCGUUUUGAAGUCUGGGCUGCCGCGGAUUUGCAGGUCUUUGACUGCAACUGCAGCAUUUGCAGAAAGAAACAGAACAGACACUUCAUUGUCCCAGCUUCUCGCUUCAAGCUGCUAAAGGGAGCCGAGAACAUAACCACGUACACGUUCAAUACACACAAAGCCCAGCAUACGUUCUGUAAGAGCUGUGGAGUCCAGAGUUUUUACACACCUCGUUCCAAUCCUGAUGGCUACGGGAUAGCACCCCACUGCCUGGAUGAGGGGACUGUGCGCAGUGUCGUCUUGGAAGAGUUCAACGGGAAUGAAUGGGAAAAGGCAAUGAUGGACCACAAGACCAUCCAGAGCAUGUCAGCAGAAUGAGGUCAUCUUGGUCUUCCCUCAGACCAACCAGUCACUUUGUAAAUUAGAGCAGGGGCAGUUAAACUUCGCUCAACCAAGGGGAACCAAGGCCUGCACCUAAUGUGCCUAAGGCAGAACAGUUUGAGGCUGUUCCCUCUUUAAAACAGAGGUGCAGCCUGAGGCUCUCAAACCCAGGAUCCAGUGUCUCCAUCUUGGUCUGACAGGCCUCAGAAUUCCCCGGGCCCUUUGCCCCUUAAUUCUCAACUCCAAUGCCUGUCUUCUCUUUUUCACCCAACUUUUUGUGUGAGAUUUUGGAAAAAUAAACCUCCUUAGUGUUUGUUUUUUAAGAGAAA